AACGGAAGCCUUAAGUGUAUUGUCGGCCGUUUGUUAUUAAGCUAUCGCUGUUUCCCCACCAGAAGCUAUCUGCUACAGGUUGUGUAUGUGUUGCCUCAAGUAUAUAGACAUUAAUAUGCAGCUGUAGUCACCGUUUUCAAGAGAGCUGCUGGUGUAAAAUCGGCGAAGAUGCACAGCCGCCUGCAGGAAUUGAAGAAGGAAGAGGAGACUCUCCUCAAAAUCAAAGUCAUGCUACAAGACCAGCUAAACAGGUUAAAGUUCGAAGAAGGGGCUUUGAAAUCAAUCAUUCGCGCUCAAACAGAGGAAGGAGCAUCUGAAUGCCCGUCUCCAGAAAUUGAGACCAACAUCAACCUUGACGACGAGAACAAGAUCAACAGCACCAAACUUCUGCUGAACACUGCUACAGAUUAUGAUAUGAAAGAGGAGGAGGAGGACGACGAAGAGGAAGAGGAGGAGGAGGAGGACAAUGAAGAUGGUGACAAUGAGUUUGGUUUUGGACCUGACGGGGAUGAGGAAGAAUAUGAUGACGAUUACUGAGCUGCUUUAAUGCUUAAUGUGGCCUCAGUGUUUCUACAAUCUAACAGCAUAGAUUUGUUAACCUGUGUAUUACUUUUCAUGUGAGAAGUUUAAUUUAUUGUCAUACAGUGUGUAGCAGUCGGGUUGAUGUGUGGUGCUAAUUGUGUCUCCUCACCUUUAGAAUCCAUGUUUUCAAUGUAGUGAGCAUUGUCACACCAAAGUAAACCAGUAGGUGCUUAUACUCUACUAGGUGCCGCAAAUCAAGACAUUAAAACGUGCCUGUUAGCAUGAAACAGUAUGGCUGGGCCAUAUGGGAAAUUACAUAAGCACAAAAUAAAAAAUUUUGUAUUUCUU